GAUGUUUACAAACAAACAUGGAGGCCAUAAAGGAAAAAGAAAGAGAAGUCGCAGAGCGUUUCAAUAUUGAAUCUUUAAGGGAAAACCAGAUCAAAGGUCUAGAAGCUAUAUGUACUGGAAAAGAUGUCUUUGUUGGUACCAAAACAGGAAGUGGUAAAUCCAUGAUUUACGAAUGUGUGCCUGUCAUUUUUCCAAACGCUAUCGUCGUAAUUGUUGCGCCACUUGUUAGUAUUAUGAAAGAACAAACUGAUCGACUGCGAAACCUCGGGUUCAAGGCAACCUACAUUGGAAAAGAUUUGGCCGAGGAAGAAUACAUUAUCAAUGGAGAAUUUAAUUUUGUUUUCGGGAGUCCAGAGGCUUUAGUAGGCGAAAGAAAGUGGAGGAACAUGUUGACAUCCUACGGAGACAGAUUGAAAGUGCUCGUCGUAGAUGAAGCGCACACAGUAAUCCAAUGGGGGUCAAGUGAAGGACAGAAAGAUGUUGCCUUCAGGGAGUGGUUUUCCCACAUAGGUGAGCUACGUGCUGUUCGACCCGAUGUUCCAAUAGCAGCUUUAACUGCAACAUCAGCUCCAUCUCAACGCAGAAAAAUUAUGAGGAGCCUCUGCUUUCGACAGAAUUCAGUCCUUGUUUCAGAAUCACCAGACAGGAAAAAUAUAAAGAUAUCCUCAAUGUGUAUACCAAACAACAGCGACAUUGAAGAUACAUUUAAUUGGUUGUAAGUUGGAUUGGAAAAUCAAAAGGAAAACUUCCCGAGACAUGUUGUUUUUUCCGAAUCUAUUAGUGAUGUUUCCAAAAUAUAUGCAAUUUUUAGGAAAAGAUUUGGUAAAAGUGACUUUUUUGACAUGUUUCAUAGCAAAACAGUUGAAAGCAAGAAAGAUUACAUAAGAGGAAAUAUGGCAAAAGAUGGGAGAAUAAGAGUUUUAAUUUGUACAAAUUCUGCAGGAAUGGGUGUCAAUUUCUUUGGUGUACACAACAUUGUUCAUUAUGGACUGCCUAGGGAAAUGGACACUCUAGUUCAACAAAUGGGAAGAGCAGGAAGAGAUGGAGUUUUUUUCCCAGGAACUUAUUAUCUAUAAAUGUCACAAGGGGCAUUUAAAACGAGUAGAGGAAGAGUUGGUGAAACUAGUAAAAGACACUAAGUGUAGGUGUGAGGUGCUAUGUACUUCAUAUGGCACUAAAACAGACACAAUUGACCCAUUACAUCUAUGUUGUGAUAUAUGUGAAAAACUUUGCAAGUGUGCAUCAAGUGGUUGUCCGAAUUCACAUCCAGCAACACAUUUCAAAUCACCAGCAUCUGUGGAUGUCAUGAUCAGGGAAGUGGACAUGUCGGACAGAAUUCUACUGAGACAGAAAUUAGAUUCCCUGAGGUUUAAGUUAUCCGACUUUUCAACUCAUGGCCUAACAGAUGAAGUUAUUUACUUUAUAGUAAAUCAUGUUGAAUCACUUUUUACACCAGAUGAUGUUUUGAUAAAUUGUGCUAUUUGGUCUUAUGAUGUUUCUGUUGAAAUCACAAAUAUUAUAAAUUGCAUGUUUGGAGAUGACAUAAUGGAUGAUGCUUUUGACAGCGAUACUGAUGAAAAUUAUGACGAUCAGACAACAUCUGCAUGAUGAUGCAAUGUUUUAGAAUUGUAAUAAAAAGAUUAAACGAAAUC